CGAGACUUGAUCAGACUCCUGUCUUGUCUCCAUUCUUCUUGCCCCUUGCCCCUUCUCAUUCUCACCCCCUCCUCCAGGUAUCCCUGUCGACUGACCCACGGGCCGGGUCACGUGGUGCCCGACCAGGGACCUGGAUACGAGGGAAAAAGGUGAAGAAGCUACUGGAGGCAGCCGGCUGGCUCAGAGAAACAUCGGGACCUGGCCACGCAGUAGCCUGCUGCGCUGGAAUGAGGAUCUUGGUAACUAUGAGCACCUGGAUGUGGCUACUGCUGGGAAUCUCUCUCCUAAUACGAAAAAAUGAAGCAAUCUUGACCAGACAUUUUUCAGGGACAUUUGGAGGCGAGUGGGACACAAUCCCUCAGGUCCAGGGGACCUCAAAUAAAUAUGCCCAAUCUGGCUGUACCGAUACAGUAGGAAAAACAGUUUGCUGGAAUAAGACUCCACCUGUGCACGUCUCUGAUGGAGGUGGACCCCAAGAUCAGGUAAGACAGAAUAUAGUCCAAAAGCAACUGGAAAACAUUGUAAACCACAUGUCUCCUAAAUUUAACUACCAUCCAAUAGCUUUACCCAAAAAUAGGAAUAUGAAUCUAGACCCCCAAACCCUGAAAAUGCUAGACAUCACACAUAGAUUACUUAAUCAAUCCAACCCUUCUUUGGCUCAAAAUUGCUGGUUAUGCCUUCAUUUAGGACUAUCUAUGCCUAUUGCUAUCAAUGUUAAUUCCAUUGAAUUGUCAUCUAAUAACUGCAUGCCCAUCAUGCCUUUACCAGUGCCACCUGUCUUUUCUGAAGCACCCUGUAUUGUCUCUCUUUAUAGAGACGACAGUUAUGCUAUUGGUAUUGGCAUACUCUCUUUGACCAAUUGCACUGACAUCAUCAAUGUUACUUAUUCCCCUUGUGCUCCCAAUGAUAUGGUAUUUGUUUGUGGCAAUAACUUGGCAUAUACCAUUCUUCCCACUAAUUGGACAGGAUUAUGUACUAUCGCCCUUUUACUACCCGAUAUAGAUAUAGUCAAUGGAAAUUAAUCUUUACCUACACCAUCCUUUGAUUAUAUAUCUGGCCGUUCUAGAAGGGCUAUCCAAUUUCUCCCUCUCUUGGCCACUCUGGGAAUCACUGCUGGCAUGGCCACUGGUACCGCUGGUAUGAGCAUUGCUAUACAUAAAUAUACUGAACUAUCUCAACUUAUGGCAGAAGAUAUACAAGCCCUAUCAGGCACAGUUAAAGAUCUUCAAGAUCAAUUAGAUUCCUUAGCUGAAGUAGUACUACAGAAUAGAAGAGGUUUAGAUCUUCUAAAGGCUAACCAAGGAGGCAUCUGCUUAGCAUUACAGGAAAAAUGCUGCUUUUAUGCAAAUAAGUCAGGAAUUGUUCGAGACAAAAUAAAGAAAUUGCAAGAUAAUCUAGAGGAAAGAAAAAGAAAAAUUAUGAACAACCUGUUUUGGAGCGGGCUAGAUGGCUUUCUGCCUUAUCUCCUUCCAUUUUUAUGGCCCCUCCUUGGCUUACUAAUUUUGCUGUCGCUAGGACCUUUUCUUUUUAACAAAGUCAUGGCCUUUAUAAACAACAAAUUGAUGCUAUUAAAAUGCAGCCCCUCCAGGUUCAUUAUCACAGACUUGCUAUGGAAGAUGAACGCAUAACCGUAACUACUUAGGGGACUGGCUAGUCAAGGAUGGAUAACGAGGACCCUCAUCUCAGACUUUGCUUAUCCUACCAACCUAAGACAGGAGCCCGGUCAGAUAGCUACUGUGUAUCCCAUGACGGGUAAGGAGGAUCAGCUGAGAUGGUAAGGCGGUCCCCACCUAAGACAGACACAGUCACCCCGCCCUCUCGGUGGAGAGCUGGCAAAACUUUAAAGGUAAAAUGUACAUUUAAAAAUAUUAUAAAAAAGGGGGACCUGUGGAAGGCUGACACCACAGCAUCUAUUUUGUAGGCCAAGUGCUAUUUCCGGUACUAACAGACUUAGGUUUCUAUUUCCCUGCAAAUGCUAGGCCUAAGUUUCUAUUUCCCUGCAAACGCCAGGCCUCUUCUCAUAAAUCACGUGAGUGAAACUUGGAAGCUUGCCGUUUGGAACUUAUCUCCACCAAGGCCAGGUUGCUUGGAUACCUGGUGAUGUAAACCUCCUCCUUCACCUACCCUUAUAUACCCUGGAAGAACUUUGCAAUAAACGAGACUUGAUCAGA